AUGGAUAGCUCCAUAAUCCAGGACGACGAUGUCAUAAUUACUGACACGUUUUUAAGUGACAACGAGGAGGAGGAUCAGUUAAUAAAGCAAAAGGCCGUUGCGCAAAGGAACGGCAGGGUGGAAAUAAUAAAAAGUGAUAAUAAUACCACUUAUGUGGAAAACAAAAACUGGAGGCGCGUUCGUCAUACAAAUUUUGACGGACCAAAUGAAGAUGGAGCAUCUUCCCCCGAGGAGGCAUCUAUAAUUAUAAAAAAUGAUAACCCAUGUGGAGAAGAAGAAAAUGGACGAGGCGACCAGGAGGAAGGUUUUUUCGACUUUGGCAAUUAUCUCAACGAUGAUGAUGACGUAGGGGAAGAAGACAAACAGGAAGAAGGCCAGAAGAAGUUACGCCAUGUACGGAGCAACAAAGUGUGGCAUGACUCGGAUGAUGAUGUGUUGGAGGGGGGCUGGAAUAGCCGUUCCCGAGGGUUUGCCGCCGAAUCGGAGGAUGAAGAAAGCCUAGACGGAGACCAAGUCGAAAUAGGACAUGAAACGGAUGAAGAACACUUGAUCAAAAAUGAACAUAGCGAAAAUUAUUUCGAAAAGUACAUCGAAAAAGUGGAUAUCGAAACGUACGAGGGGGAGGAACAAAAAAACGCAGCAUCCACCAUAAGAAUGGAAGACAUAUACAUCUUUGAUAACAAGGAAAUGGAUUCUCACAUAAAGAAGAAGAAGCGACUAAAUAAAAUGAAUGAAAAAAACAUAUUUUUGAAAUAUUACUUACAGAAAUUUACUUUUCAUCAAAUUGAGGAUAAGAAAAUUAGACAGCUAGUGGGCAUGCCCAAGGCAAAUUUAAUUCUGCCUGUGUAUAACUCCGAUUUGUAUGUGCUUCAGUACAAGGAGAGGUUGCUCAGCAUGUCGAAGAAGGUUUCCUUCCGAGGGAGGAUCGGUCAUGUGCACGAAAGCAACGGAAGCGUAUACAUCCUCAUGCAUGAUAACUACGUUCGGAACUAUAAUUUGGAAAAGGGGGUUGUAUACAAAAAUCGCAUUCAUCCUGGAAACGCUGGACGUGUGAUCCCCAUGGAAAUAAAAUUCUUUGACACAAAAAAUGAGGAGAAUAAUGACCUAUCCCAACAUAGUAGCGAUCACCUGUAUGGCAUAUCCUUCAGGCGGAGCAGGAAGAUAAAUAUCUACGACACAAGAAGUUUUGACGUCGUGAAGAAUUUCGAAAUGGAUUAUAAAUGUAUUGGUAUGAAUUUCCACAAAAAAACAAACACCUUAUUUGCCAUUGACAGUAAGGGUAACCUAUACAACUGGUGUCUGAACACAAAUAAAUUAAUCACCCGAGUGGUAGAUAACUACUCAGUCUUCCCAUCAUGUUUUACCAUCCAUAAUGAUUAUAUCGUUACGGGUUCAUUUAGCGGCUUCCUUAAUUUAUUCCAUGUGGACAAUUUGACGGCCCCCAUUAAGAGCUUUAAAAAUCUGACGCUCCCAGUUAGUAAUGCUAUAUUUAACCCCUCCCACAAUUGCCUCUUAUAUUAUACCAAGCUGGCAAAGAAUGGUAUUAAGCUGAUCGACCUGCAUACAAAUUAUGUGUAUUGUAACGUGCCUUGGUUUAAUAACAAUGUGAGAUACAAUGUGCUUGCUGCGGAUUUUUUCAACGGUGGCGAUAAUAUGUGUUUCUCCGUUAAGGCAAAUUCGUUUUACGUGUAUGACCUUUUUGGGGCCGGCCCUGUGGCCACAGGGGGGGGUUAA